AAAUCUGAUCAGGGGUGGAGCAAACCAGUCCGAGAAAACCAAGCUCAAGGAAGAAAAACUUUAAAUCAACGCGUUUGUUCAUUUAUUUAUUUAUUUACUUAUUUAACUUUUGCAUUAUCCAAAAGAGAAAAGAAAAUGAUGCGCGUGCCCGAGCUCCAGUGCCAGAAGAACUCUCUGUUCACGGCCAUGAACCGCUUCAUCGGCGCCGUCAAUAACAUGGACGAGACGGUGAUGGUGCCGAGUUUGCUGCGUGACGUACCGCCGGCGACCGCCGGAGAUGCUGGAGAAUACCUCCGCGCCGCCGAGGCCGACAUGUACACCUACUACACCCAGCUGAAAUCCAUCCGCAACGAGAUCGAGUGGGGAGCCGUGCUGCGAGGCGAGGAGCCGCAGAGACCCGCCGAGAAAGCAGGCGAGCCCGGGAUGAGCGAGCAAGCAGAGCUGGAGAACCUGCUGCGUUUCCAUCUGAAGGGCCUGUACGGUGUCCUGACCAAACUCACCAGCCACGCCAACGAGCUCACCGACCGCUACAAGCAGGAGAUCGGUAUAUCUGGAUGGGGACAGUGACACAGAAAGACGGACCAAGACUCGAACCAUCCUGAGGAGAGAACUCUUCUGGAUUGAAAGUAUUUCCCUUUAGGACUAACAUCAUUUUCGGUAUUGACCAAAACUGACGCCAAGUGUCAAGCCACCCAUUUGCACAAGUUUGUCCUAUAAAAUAUACAAUGUAUUUGGGAACUAAAUGUUGCAUUAUAUGUGUUACUAUAAUGUAGAGAGUGGGCUGAGGACUAAUAUGGUCUUAUGAAUGCAAUCCCUCUCUAACAUCACCUCUUCAACUGUACUGAACAGCUGAAUGUAUUUAUUGUUGUUUGUUUGUUUGUUUGUUUGUUUGUUUGUUUGUUUUGUUUUUAGUUUCACUGAAAGGAAAAUGAUCUGAAACUAUACCUGUCCAUCAAUGAUGUGGAAUGCUCUGAAAUAGUACAAGUCAUGAAGAGCUCCUUGAGAUGUUUGUUGUCGCUGUGCUAUUUUUUGUCCGAAACAUUUUGUUCAUUGUUAAACUUUUAUAUAUAUAUAUAUUGGAGAUUAUUUUAUAGUAAAAUAAACCUGAUGUGUUCAGUGUA